GCCAAAAUGGGAGGGAUCAGAAAUUCUGGGGUUGACAUCACCAUCCAGCUGACUGUAAGGGGCUGGAAGAAAAGUUGUUUACAGGCUGCCAAAGUGAGGCUGGGAAUGAAAUGAUGUGGCCAUUUCGGGGUCUGGAAAUGAACCGAGCCCCAUGUGACCUGAGCUUCAUGGAGGCCAUCAAUCAGCGCAUGCAGGUGCCCAACAGGCUGAAGGUGGCAGAUGAGUCCAACCCAUUGGAUGAGGAGAGAGAAGCUGAGGAGCUUCGCCCGUCCUUCCAGAUGCACAUCCCUGAUAGGCUGUCACUGGCAGAGAUGAUGGAUGAUAGUCGAAGGCCUUUCCUGUUGGACCAGCUAAGGCAGCACCCCUCUAUUGUUGUGCAUAUGCUUCAGGACACCUCCACCCAGCCUGCAGGGUUUGGGGAGCUCCUGUUUAUGGACACCACAACCCAAUCAGGCACCCAGAAACGCAAGCGAUUGACCCACCAUGGCAGACUGCAAAAGGAGAGAACGAGAGAGACCCCCCAGAUCGCCUUGCGUAGCACAAGCCGGAAGCCUGACUGGCCAGGCAUAAGCCCACUACCAAGCCCCAGCCCUCCAUUCCCUCAGGAUGCCAGGAUCUACUCCCCGCAGAACAUUUUCCAGAUGGUGUACUUCCUAGGUCACCUACUCUUCCACCAUGUUAAGAAGUCUGCCCAAGACCGAGCCCAGCCCAGCUCCCAGAACGCAGGGCCAGCCUCAGAAAGCUCCCUGGAGGAGAUUGGUGUGACUGACAUUAUAGCCAUGAGGAAACAGUUGAACAAGAUCUCGAGGAGGCUGCGGACUCUGGAAGAGCAAUGUACUGGCUGGCGUCAGAAGGAGCUUCUAGUCUACUCUGUGCUAGUCUCUGCAUGUCUCAUCAGCACCUGGCUUUGGCUAAGGAGAUAAAGAGCCCUACCCAUCCCAGGAGAGACAGCGUGUGUGUGUGUGUGUGUGUGUGUGUGUGAUGGGGGAAUCCUCACUAGAGCACUUAUGAACAGUAAACUCAGUGUGCUGCUUAAAGUGACUGGCCCACUUCUCCUAGUGUAGAUUCCCUGAGGAUCUGAGACCUUUGGCCCCUGUUGGAAUGAAGAUGAACAGACAGGGAUGUACCUGCAAUGCUGGAGGAAAAUGGGGUUGGAGGGAGGAGUGAGAACUGCAGGGCUGGGUUCUCUUGCCUGUGCCACCAG